CGGCGUGAAAGGCUGGAUUACACCUUAUAUUUCGUGGAAGCGUGUUACUGCUGUGGAAUUUAUCAAGGUGAGUAGUCUGGGUAAAUUUCGUAACUGUGCAAGGCAAUCUAGUUCAUAGCUUUUGCGGGCUUUACUGAUCCCUGGCCUAUUUGCUAGUUUGUAAGAGUUCGAGGCGAUUGGGUCAAACGGGACAAGGUUGAGCUCCCUCAAUCUGACGAUUACGACCAUAACGUCGGCACUCCUGAAGGUACCCGAAUGAUGAUAUUGGCAGAGGAGUUAAUUGCCGGUCUCCAUGACCCGAAGGGAGCGGAAAGAGGUAACUACAUGGUCAAUGCGCUGCCGAAGAGAAAAUGUCCACCCCCUCUCCCCACUCUACGAGGAACCGAGGCUUGGGGCCUUCAUGCCAAAAUGGGGUUCUCAGCAGGAAGGAUAGUUUGGUGGUUCACCUCAUCUAUUAUCUUCUUGGUAGCUUUUGCCACGGUGUGGCUUGCGACUGUCGAUAAAACAGAUGUGCAAACCGCCUUAACGCCAGGGACAGUUAUUAUUACUGCUCUUACCUUUAUACUAGGUAUUUUUCAAACCUUAAACCAAUAAAAGCUUUGGGCCAGAUACUGGUAUAGGUACCUUUUUUAAUUAUAUUGUAGGAGUUAAUAGUUUUAUGUAAUAUAUAUAGUUACCUAACUUUUAGAGC